AUGGACUAUAGUAUUGAUAGAUAUGUCGAAAGUGACACCAGAUUCACCCGAGGAAUGUGGGAAUUGAAAGAAGGUGUUAAGAUCACCUGGGCUACUGAAGCUUUCAAAACUGUUGUUGAAAAAGAUUCAAUUUACAAUUUAACUGCUACCAAAGUCUUGAGAAACAGAGGUGACCAAUUAAAUAGUGCUGCUAUUUCCACCAAAAUCACCUCCCCAAUGGAAGGUAUUGUUGGUGUUGAAGCUGUCCAUCAUUUAUCAAAAUACAAAAACAGUAAAGAACCAAGAUAUGAAUUAAAAGCUGAUAAAAAUUCUUCAAUUACCACCACUGAUCAUAAUGAAGAUUUAGCCUCCUUAAGUGCUGUUGGUAUCACUGCUGCAGUUACCAAAAAACAAUUUGCUAUCGAUUUCAAAGAUGAAACUAAAACUUUAACCAAAUUUGGUUUUAGAUCAAUUGGUCAUGUGACCGAUGCAAGAUUCCCAAAAACUGGAGCUACUACUAACAAAGCUUCAACCUAUAUCACCACUCAAUUGCACUUAUCAGUUGGUGAAAAAUUAUAUGGUUUAGGUGAAAGAUUCGGUCCAUUCUUGAAAGGUGGUCAAAGAGUUGAAAUGUGGAAUGAAGAUGGUGGUACUUCAUCUGAAUGGACUUACAAGAAUGUUCCUUUCUAUUUAUCUUCAAGAGGUUACGGUGUUUUCGUAGAUUCUCCAUCCAAUGUUGUUUUCGAAUUACAAAGUGAAAGAACUACCAGAGUUAAUAUCACUGUUCCAGGUGAAGGUGCUAGAAUUUACAUUAUCAGUGGUCCUACUCCAAAACAAGUCUUAGAAAGAUAUGCUAAGUUGACUGGUUUCCCAGCUUUACCUCCAGCUUGGACUUUUGGUUUGUGGUUAACCACUUCUUUCACUACUGAUUAUGAUAUCAAGACUGUUUCAUCUUUCUUACAAGGAAUGAAAGAUCGUGAAAUUCCUUUAAGAACUUUCCAUUUUGAUUGUUUCUGGAUGAAGGGGUUCCAAUGGACUGAUUUUGAAUUUGAUCCAGAAUAUUUCCCAGAAGCUAAAACUAUGUUAGCCAAAUUGAAGAAAGAUUUUGGUAUCAAAGUUUGUGUUUGGAUCAAUACUUAUAUUGCUCAAGAAGCCUCAAUCUUUAAAGAAGCUGAUGAAAAGGGAUAUUUAAUCAAAAACACUGAUGGAUCAAGUUAUCAAACUGAUUUAUGGCAAGCUGGUAUGGGUAUUGUUGAUUUCACCAACCCAGAAGCUUGGAAAUGGUACCAAGAUCAUUUAUCUAAAUUAGUUGAUUUAGGUGUUGACUCCUUCAAAACUGAUUUUGGUGAAAGAAUCCCAUGUAAAGAUAUUGUUUACCAUGGUGGCCAAGAUCCUGUUGCUAUGCACAAUUACUACACUUAUUUAUACAACAAAUGUGUUUUUGAAAUCUUAGAAAAGAAAUUAGGUAAAAACGAAGCUUGUCUUUUUGCCAGAUCUACCACUACUGGUGGUCAACAAUUCCCAGUCCAUUGGGGUGGUGAUUGUGAAUCCACCUUCGAAGCUAUGGCUGAAUCUUUAAGAGGGGGUUUAUCUUUAACCUUAUCUGGUUAUGGAUUCUGGUCUCAUGAUAUCGGUGGAUUUGAAGGAUCUCCAGAUGCUUCAGUUUAUAAGAGAUGGUGUGCUUUCGGUCUUUUAUCAUCUCAUUCAAGAUUACACGGUUCAGCAUCUUAUAGAGUUCCUUGGAAUUUCGAUGAUGAAGCUUCAGUUGUCUUAAAGAAAUUCACUGACUUGAAGAUUAGCUUAAUGCCAUAUAUUUAUGCUAAAGCUAUUGAAGCCCACAAAACUGCUACUCCAGUUAUGAGAGCUAUGUUAUUAGAAUUUCCAAAUGAUCAAGUUGCUCAAAGUUGUGAUACUCAAUUCAUGUUGGGUGAAUCAUUAUUAGUUGCUCCAGUUUUCAAUGGUGAAGGUGAUGUUUCAUACUUUAUUCCUUCAGGUAAAUGGUAUGGUUUAUUAGAUGGAAAAAUCAGAGAAACCGUUGACGGUAAAUACUUCGAUGAAGUCCAUGAUUAUAAAUCAUUACCAUUAUUAGUUAGACCAAACUCAGUAUUCAUCUCAGCUGGUCCAACUACUAAGAUCGAAAAACCAGAUUAUGCUUAUAAUGAAGAAUUCUUGGUUAAUGUCUUUGAAGUUGAAGACUCUAAAACUGUUCAAAUUCCAGAUAUCAACAAAUUGGGAGAGUUCGUUGCUGAAAUUACUGUCACUAAAACUGAUAAAGGUUAUGAUGUUACCUCAUCAGGUAAAGUUUCCAAGAAUUAUUACGUCAAAGUUCUUGGAGCUUCUGUCAAAAAUGAUGGUGAAAAAGAUUCUUUCGGUAACACUAUUGUUAAAGUUUCCGGAAAAGCUUCAAUUGAAUUAGCUUAG